UGUAUUAUAUAAGUCUCUGAGCAGGCCUCGAAGCCUUCCUUUCUGCGAGAACACAGCACACGGUGUGAGUCUGUGCUUCCUGGCUCACCGCUGAUCGCUAUUUACUUUCACGAUUAAGUCGGCCAGGAAUAUUUAAAAAUGGCAUUCAAGGACACUGGCAAAGCUCCCGUUGAGCAGGAGGUGGCCAUUCACCGCAUCCGGAUCACCCUCACCAGCCGUAAUGUCAAGUCUCUUGAAAAAGUAUGUGCUGAUCUGAUCCGUGGUGCCAAGGAGAAGAGCCUUAAGGUGAAGGGACCUGUGCGCAUGCCCACCAAGACUCUGCGCAUCACUACCCGUAAGACUCCUUGUGGAGAGGGUUCCAAGACCUGGGACAGGUUUCAGAUGAGGAUCCACAAACGCCUCAUUGACCUUCACAGCCCGUCUGAGAUUGUCAAGCAGAUCACCAGCAUCAGCAUCGAGCCUGGUGUUGAAGUUGAGGUUACCAUUGCAGAUGCAUAAGCUGCUUUGGGUUGCCAGCCUGAAUUACUCAUGUCUGUGCAAUAAAACUUUGGAUAGAU